GAUCUUGUUCACUUCCUGUAAAUAGUGCGCUGCACUGUAGUCGCAUUUAGAAAAACUUUUAAAAAAUCCAACAAUUAAAUGUCACAGGUGUCUUGAUAUCGGGUUUUUUAUGCUGCAUGAGCGACUAUGUGAAAAUUUACAUUUAUAUUUGUUAAUGUUUUAAGCGAAACACGACUGAUAAACAAAAAAAUGUACGCCUGAUUUGUGUAUAUAUCCUUCCGCUAGUUUUUCGUGUUUUUUUCAGUGUUUAGGUCUAUGUCUUUCACAGGCAGGCAUCUCCGGGAGCUGAUAAUAUUAUUACAAUCAUUUGUCGUGCUAAUCUAGUAUAUGGAUAAUCUAGAUCUCUUUCAGUGAGAAUAAGAAUUUGAUUUUAAGGAGACGACAGGAGAAAAGAAGCUAGCUGCCCACAGUCCAGGUUGGAUUAAUCAGCCCUAUCAGCAACGGGGCUAACAGGCUAACAUCAGCGAGCUUUACUCUCAGUUUGACUUUUAAAGCAUUUUGUCCUCUAUAGCUUUGCCGUUGGAGAUAUUUUCUAAACCGUUUGAAUAGUCUGCUUAAAGACUCGUUUAUGGGAUAAUCAUGUCAAUGAAGCAGACAGGCGGUAAUCGCAAACCGGGCAGCAGUAGCGGGGCCGCAGCGGCCUCAGGAGCAGGGGGAUGCGCAGGAGCUGCUGUAGGACGACACGGUUUACCCAGGGGACGCAACAACGCCAAAGCACAUUCCACACCAGUGGCCUUCAGUGGCGUUUAUGCAAACAUGAGGAUGGUUCACGUCUUAACUUCAGUGGUGGGAGCUAAGUGUGAACUUAACGUGAAAAAUGGCACAGUCUACGAGGGUGUCUUCAAAACGUAUGGCCCAGAGUGCGAGCUGGUCCUGGAUGCAGCCCACAGGAACAGUGCAGAGCUGAACGCAAGCCCUCGUCGCGAGGACAUAGUCGAGAGCAUCAUCUUCAAGGCCUCAGAUGUUGUGAUUGUGCAUUUUAAAGACGUGGACCUGAGCUAUGCCAAAAAAGUCUCAUCAGAGCAAGAUAACCUUGCAGACCACUCAGUAAGCACUCGUUUAAAUGGAGAACAUAAAGAGAAGGAUUUAGAGCCUUGGGAUGGAGGAGAUCAGCAUGUCUCCGGUAGCUUGGAGUCUCUUGAAACUGACUUGUCAAAUGGUUGGGACCCUGAUGACAUGUUCAAAUACAAUGAGGAAACUUAUGGAGUGAAGUCUACUUAUGAUAGCAGUCUGUCCUCAUACACAGUGCCACUGGAGCGAGACAAUUCAGAGGAGUUCCUCAAACGGGAAGCUCGCGCAGCUCUGCUUGCUGAGGAGAUUGAGGCCAGCGCUACCUAUAAGGCCCGUGUGGCACUGGAGAAUGAUGAUAGAUCAGAAGAGGAAAAAUACUCGGCUGUAGUGCGGGACACGCACGCACUCAGCAGGGAAAAUAAAUACAUUCCGCCGGGUCAGAGGAACAGAGAAGCAGGACUGUCAUGGGGAGCAGGACGACAGAACUCGCCCAGACUGGUGCAGUGCAACCCUGGACCUCCUACGCCCAGAGCUUCACCUCACGAAUACAACAGUGUUGUCAAUGGAGGUGCCCAACAUUGGCUCUCUCGCUGUCCAUCUCCCUCCUCUCGCCCUUCCUCUCGCUACCAGUCAGGCCCCAACGCCACCCUUCCCACUCGGCCACCCUCCAGACCCCCAUCCAGGCCCUCGCGGCCCCCCUCUCACCCCUCUGCCUAUGGCUCUUCAGCACCCCUCUCCACUCUGCCCAAACACCUCUCCUUGGAAGGCCCACCAAGGAUGUCUCCGAAAUCCCAGAGAACCCCUAGAGCACACAGAAUGCCAUCCUGCCGGGGUGCUGGCCCUCCUGGGGUGGAGUUCAUGUCGCAGGGUGGUUCUGGGGAGGCCUCAACCACUCCUCCUGCUCGUAGCAGCCCAUCGGGUGGCACUUGGUCUUCAGUGGUCAGUGGAGGACACAGACCUCGUUCUCCUCGGCAAAAUGUUGUGGGCGGAGUGCCCCCUUGCCCUUCCUCCUCCUCGUCUUCUCCACUCGAGUCAGUAGGCAUGCUCACUUCUGCAACUUCACCAAUUUCAGCAAGUCCUGCACCUAACAUGGCUGCAAUACCAGUAACUGAAGCAAAAGAAAUUAGGCACAAUUCUCCUUCGGCCAACAAGGAGAACGUGAAGCCUGUGGAAUCUUCCCCAAGCAGUAGGCCAGUUGUUAAAGGAUUUCCAAGCAUGCCACCUGAUCAUAGAAAGCAAAUAGACAAUUUAAAAAAAUUUAGUGUGGAUUUUAGGUUGCAGUCCAGCACAAAUCAAGAUCUUGGGGUUGACCCCAUGAUGUCCAAGUCUCUACGGGACUCUGGAGAGAAACCGAAGGAGUCACCAGGUGAUAAAAGUAUAACUGAGCUGACAGGACCCAAGGUUUGCUCAGAGUCUUCUGGCAGUGAUGAGGUGUCAGCAGUGGUGGGUGUUGGGAGUAAACCUGGUACUCCUCCCUCUCCCUCAUCCUCUACUCUCAGCACAGAGCAAAAACGUGUACCUGAUGUGACGUCUCAGGGUGUCCAGACUUCUUCACCUGCUGCUGUGAAGUCAGAUGAUAAAGAGGAGAAGAAAGACCCUGUACAAGAGAGUGUUAGAAAAUCAACUCUCAAUCCUAAUGCCAAGGAGUUUAACCCCAGACCUUUCUGCACUCCACCCAAACCAGCCACUACUCCGACUCUGACACGACCCCAGGGUCAACCAAGCCCUUCCAUCGUGGUGCAGCAGCCUCCUGCCGUUUAUAGCCAGCAGAUGUGCUUCCCGCAGAUGUACCCACUGACCCCAGUUAGCCCCGGAGUGCAGCUGUCUACUAGUUUCAUGUACUCUGAUUGGAAAAUGAUGAUUUCUGGAGUUUAUAUGUCUGAGGAUGAAGAACAUCUUAAAAGCAUUAUCUGGAAGACUCCUACUGUGUACCAUCUUCCAGUUCCUCACAUGACUGUAAGCCAGUCCAAGCCGUUCAGACAAGGUAAAGUACCCAGUAUGCCACAGCAAAGACCUGAGCAGCAUCACCCAGCAGGCACAUCACCCAUGAUGCACCCUGCCACAGCUGCAGGUCCCCCAAUUGUAGCCCAGAGCCCAGUGUACUCCACUCAGUACUUCACCUGCAACCCUCCACAGUUCAGCAGCCAGCCGCUUAUGCAGCAGAUGCCCCACUACCAGUCCCAGGCCCAGCAUGUCUUCAGUUCUGUUAUGCAGGGAGGUCCCAGGAUGAUCACCCCCAGCCAUGGCCAGCCCAAUCUGGUCUCCUCCUCCACUACCCAGUAUGGUGAGCAGACCCACCAAAUGUAUGCCCCCAUUCACCAGCAAUACCCCCAUCCUGGUGCCACCCUUCACCCACAUCCCCCUCAACCCCCACAGCCCUCUGCCACACCCACAGCUCAGGCCCAGCAAAGUGGGCAGCAUGCCGGCACAAACCACGCUGCUUCCAGCCCCGUCCAGCACCCACAGCACCAGGCGUCUCUCCACCUGGCCAGUGCAGCUCCCCCACAGCAACAGAUGUACUCUGCCUUGACUCCAACCCCACCCUCCAUGACUCCUGGUCCAGCUCCUCAAUCCCCACAGGCCGUGUACAUCCACCCUCAGCAGGUUCAGCACUCGUACAAUACCAACCACAUGGCUCACAUGCAGCAGGCACACAUGCAGUCAGGAUUGGUGCCUCCACAUCAUGGUACUCCAUCACACCCUGUCAUGCUGAUGGCCACACAAGCACCUGCAGGCCCCCAGAGCACACUCAACCCAAUUCCUGUGUCCUCAACCACACAUUUCUCCUACAUGGCACAUCCUUCAGUUCAACCUCACCAUCAGCAGCAACUAUAAAGGAUGAAGAUAUUUUGAACUGACUUCAAUGACGUGCUCUUCUCAAUCCCUGUGAGCUACUGGCAGACUGAUCCUUCACCUGCUCCUUCUCUACAUGCCCAGUGAAAUGGCAACUAAACUGUCUGUCAUGCUGCACUGCACUUCUGCUAAUCUGAAAUUAAUGCUAAUGAGCAAAGUUGCGGUGAACAGAUGUUUUUUAACACAAGUUUUAACAUGAAAGGGACUGUUUUAGAUGCCAUGAAUGAGAAACUGAAUGUCAAGAAACUGGAUCUUGCAUUUUGUUUGCACCUUCUAAGUAACAAAUUCUUCCAGUGAAUUGACAGUAUUAACAUUACUGUUAAAUGCUGCUGCUAUUGCCAUGUUCAGGAACUUGGGGUAAAUAAAUACGUACAAAGCAAAAAUGACUAAUCAAAUUAAACAAAACAAAAACAUCCAGUGAUUUUAAAAUGUUUGGCGAAAAUGAUUAUUUAUUAAUCAAACUGAACUGGCCCCAGUUACAUCUGACUGUCAUAAAAACUGCUAAGUUAAGGGGGAAAAUUUACUUUGUAGAUAAUAUAAAUGAAUUUAAAAAAAAGAAUAAAAACAUUAAAAAAGUUGUAAAAACUG